AUGGAGAAAAUGCUAUUAUAGUCAAUUCAUAUCUGUUACAUUAGUGGAUGUGUGCAUAGCUAGGCAAGCUACGGAAACCAAUGUUUUCUAAAGUCACAUUAGUUUACGGUAAAGGGUGGAAUUAUCAGAACUAGAAAAUGUUCCAAAUUGAUCAGUUGUAACCAACUACCAAUCGUAUAUGAAUAUCUGUUCACGGGUCAAGGUUGUAAAGAUGCAGGCUUGCUGCUGAGCACACAAUGGUAAUGAAACUUAUUGUACUGUUCUAUCAUUUGCUAAGCACGUGCAGCACAUUGAAUACAUAUUUGACUCUAGCAUAAGCAAUAAUAUAUCAAGAUAAGCCCACCGUAUAAUGUACAGCAUUUGUGAUGUUAAUGUGUGGUGGUAGUGAGGUAGUCCAGUAGUAAAUUGAGAUUUGGCAUCUUGUUAUUUCGCUUCAUCCAGGUUAGGGGGCACUGUGGGAUAAACACUUCCAACCAGACUCUCUCUGUUUCUCUCACUAGCUCUGUUUAGAAGUACUUCCUAUUUAUAAAAAUCCUCCUUCGAAUAUCAGAAGGAGGAAGUUGUGCAGGAAAUCCCAAUCGGGGGCGGAGGGGAGGCAAAUGCCGGAGGGAGAGUGGUACUUCCGAAAUUAAAAACAAAAAAAAAAUGCUUCAAUAAGAUCGAUACGAUGGCACCUGAACCUACCGUUAUAACAAAACAAAGACAUGCAUGAAUAAAACUUCAUCCAAAUCAUUCAAAGCGAGCAAAAGUGAUACAGUAUAGCACGAUUAAAACAACAACAACAACAACAACAACAACAACAACAACAUCAGCACAGAAUGACAGAUGUCCAACUGAAAGUACCUCUCAUUCGGCAGCUGUAUCACUGGGACUGUGGGCUGGCUUGUUCCAGGAUGGUUUUGAAGUACCUGCAUCCAGUGAGUGAGGAAGAGUUCCAGAAUGCCUGCUGGGAGCUCAAGUUGACGGAGAGCGUGUGGACGAUCGACCUGGCCUAUCUGAUGUGCCAGCUGGGGGUGAGGCAGAGGUUCUGUACCCAGACCCUGGGUGUGGACAAGGGCUAUCGAAACCAGUCGUUUUAUAAGAAGCAUUUCAGUACUGAAGAGGACAGAGUCAAUGAGCUGUUUGCCAAAGCCGAAGCCAACGGUGUAGUGGUGGAGAAACGUUCUGUAACUAUUCAGGAGAUCCAGAAUCACCUGGCUCAAGGACACGUGGCGAUCGUGCUGGUGAACGCGGUCCUGCUGGUCUGUGACCUCUGCUCGACCCCUGUCAAGUACUGCUGCUUCCUUCCUGUCGGCCAGAAGUGCUUCUGCAGGAAGCCAGACUAUCAGGGGCAUUUUGUGGUGGUGUGCGGCUUCAACAGGGCCACAGGCUGCAUCUUCUACAACAACCCUGCCUACUCUGACCGAGUGUGCAGCACCAGCACCAGCACCUUUGAGGAGGCACGGAUGAGCUACGGGACGGAUCAAGACAUUCUCUUUGUAUACAAGGAGAGCUGAUAUCCGCGCGGAACACUGGACACUCACUGUGACCACCAGUCUAUGCAGCCCCGGACACGGCAGGGCUCGUGGCUCUCAACCAUGACUUCAAAAAAAAAAAAACUCAAUUUGUACAACGGACUGAGACCCUGAGAUCCGUCACUGUCUCUCUUUUCAUCUCUUUCUCUCUCGCAUCAAUUCUGGGUAAAAAAGGGAAAAUUUAAGGUUAAAGACAAGCAGUGGGGGGAAAAAAAACACAACCAGCGUUUUAAAUCUAAAGCCUAACAAGUCGAAUGAUUACUAAAUGAACUACCUUAACCGGCUACUAUUCAGAUCACCCAGGUUGUGACGUUCCACAGCCAAGGAAUGCAAACACAGUUUUUAAAACCGGAUAACUAAGAGGGUGGCUUAUGCUAGCUGGCAAGUUGUGGGGCACCAGUCCUUGAGGACAGUUGUGCACCCCAAGAAUAGAAAUACAGGGUGUCCCAUAAGUUGGCUAUCCUUUUGCAUAGUUGUUAAUAUUGGCUGUCUCACUGUUUUCGUUCAGGUUUUAGAUAAUUUUGAUGCGUGGUUCAGAUAGUCAGCUGGGUAUGGCCAUCCGAUUUAAUAGAGAACAUCUGAUGCCUGGCUUAUCGGACACUGUAGAUUAGUGGUAGGUAGGAAACUGUAUCCUGAAAAGUCCCGAAGUUUCACCGCCUUGUCCUAUAGUGUUUAUUCAAUACCGACACCUCGCUGGAGACACAAUGGAGACACGGCAUGAAGUCUGAGGUGUUUCUGUGCCAGGCAGUUUCUAAGAGCAACCGUUUGAAGAUCUUUGAGAAGAGUGAGAGGUUAUUUUUUUCUCUUUUCCAUUUUGAUCCGCACUUUAGAUUUGGGAGACCACCGCCUGUGCUGUGAUCUAGAUUUAAAAGGGCAAUAUUGUAUUUAUUUAUUUUUUUGCAGGAGGGAGGGGGGGAGGUAAAACAUCUUGUGUGAUCUGUAUUUUUUUUUGCAUUGGAGCGGAGUUUAUUUGGGGAAAUCCUCACUGUGAAUCUCAGGUACUGCAUUUGGGUAACUAGUGCAUUAUUAAUACUAUUCAAGGAACGUAGUGUUUUCUGUUCACGCAACAGAGCUUAAGAGGGAAUAGAUUUUGCAGAAACUUGCUAUCUAAUCAUGGGAAGAAAAAUGGUGUAAAACAUCAGGAAAUACAAAGUGACCUCACAGGGACCUGAACACUGACUGGGUCAGCUGCCUGGCUAGUGGCGCCCCCUGUUGUCUACUCAUGGCUCAUCCAUUCUCAAGUCACACUUACAGGAAAUUAAAAUUAAAGGUAAUCAGUUUUCCUUGAAGAUGAAAUUGAAAUGAAAUGUGUUUAUUUUAACAUGCAUUUUGUUUAAUCAACUGCUUCAUAACUUCCGGGGUUUAUGCAAUAUAAAGGUGUUAUUAUUUUUAUUAUUAUUUUUUGUAAGACUAAAUGUCUGUGUCUCAUUAAUAAGUGAGUUAUUAUUACCUUGCACGUUUUUCAUUGCAACAAAAGCAGUGCUAAAAGAAGGAUUUGGGAUCAGUGUAGAAUCCUGGAGCCCAGUUCACAAAGUUUAGUUUAUAAAAUAAAGUUAACAUUUGUCAAACUUUUCCUGAAUGUUAUUUAAGAAGCCAGCAACAGUCUCAUGGUAAUAACAGUUUGUUUGAUUCAUUAAAUUGUGAGUUAAGCUUUGUGAAUUGACCCCAAAUGGCAAAUCUGGAAACAUCCCUUAAACCCUGAAACCAUAGUAUUACCAUAAAGAGCUUGUUUUUCAAAGCAUCUACUCCAGUCGUAACGCAAACACUUUUUACAAAACAAAGAAAGAAUAUAACUGAAGAUCUCGUAAAAACACUCUCAAGUGUGUUGUUCCUGACACUGGAGUCGAUACUUUGAAAGUUCACCCCAAAGUUCAGUGGAGGUGCAGCUAUAUAUAAAGUUUUGCUGCCUGGUGCUAGAAAAGAAGACUGUAAGUACAGUUUAUCACUGUCUGUAAACAAAUGAAGAGCACAACAGUGAAAAGAUCCAAAUGGAAGUGAAGAUAAGCAUGCCCUGUGAUUGACCAGUGUUAGAGUGGAGAAGUGAGUGCAACCUGUUAAUGGUCAGAAUCCUGUAUUUUGCCCAUUUAAGAAACUGAAGCAAUCCAGAAUCAUACCGUACAUUUUGAGAUCAGAGAGAUUUGAUCUUUUCAUGUUUGUGCUCUGCAAAUGGUAUGGAAGUGUAUCCCAUUCUGGGAUAUGAACAUGCACACAUUUCCAGAUCACAUCCUUAAUGUUUUUGUUUUUACAUCACUAAUAGAGUCAGGGGUGUGAGAAAUUUUCAGUGUUGGACUUUUCAGAUUUGUAUAUGGUAACAAACUGGUUAAAACACUGCACUGGAGUGAACACACACUUCUGUCACAAACGCAUUUAUUAAAACACUGCAGGGGUAUCUCACACCCCUUAACAAAGUAGCUCUUUUUAUUCUUCAUCAUCUUAGAAUAAUGACUUUUCAAAACCAGCUUAUCACUCCUUAUAGAGUAUCUGUAGCAUAGUGUUUUGGGUUUUCUGUACGUCGGAGUGUUAUGGAGUUAGUAAAGGUAUUGCACCACAAGGUUUUCCGAGUGCCAUAACCGUACUGUAUUACAUGCACAUGCAUUUAUGUUCACAUGAUCAUAUGUUCAUAUAAAUGUGUAUGUUAUUUUUUUUUUUUUCUGCUGUCAGUAAAUUUUAAAGAAAAGUUAAAGCCUUUUGAAUCUAAGCACACGAGGAAAUGUAACGGAAUUAUAUUCACGUAAUCAAUAAAGUAUAGUAUUCAACUCUG